AUGAAGGUGCCAUCUCUGUCAGAUGAGCUCCUGCAGGAACAGUCGCACGGGGAGCAGAACUCCGAAGACAGCCAAGCUGACAGCCUCGCGCCAACAAUCUGGAACACUCCGAAGCCCCUAACCAGGCAGCAGAGCUCAAAGUGUCUCCCCAACGAGCCCUCGCCUGGCUGCACCACCAUCACGUCGAUCGACUACCCGGAAGUAGACUUGUCACCAUCGUGGAAGCCUGUCUCGAACCAAAUGUCUUUGCGUACUGCCCCUAUCCCUCUUUGCGGACUGGAGUCGAACAAGAACACCCUUCAAAGUGGCAACGCCAGUGUCAACAACUUCAGUACAGACACACCAACGACGGUGAAGGCACCAGUUGCCAGUACCGGACCGAGCAGCAGCGCAGUCUUGCACUACAAGACGAAGCGAUGCCGGCACUUUGAUCAGUCUGGCUGGUGCCCGUACCAGCACCGCUGCAUAUUUGCCCAUGGUGACCGCGAGUUCGCUUUUUACACGGCACAGAAGGGCACUGCCAUCGACAGCAGCGGUGAGGACGUCUGCCCGACGACCUCACCGCUUGCAAAUGACCACAUUGAGCGCAACGUGCAGGAACUUGUGGAAGAGUACGAGCUGGCUGUGUCUGAGGUGAGAACCAAGGUCGUAGCGAGUAGCAACAGCGGCGGUGGCCCUUCCGACGCCCAUGGCCCUCGAGGCUCGCAGAUGAAAAGCGACAGCAAGGGGCCACCGCCGCCCAUUGUCAGCAACUCGCCGCCCGCUCCGCCCAUCCUCUCUCACUCAUCUGCAGCAUCGCAGUGCCACCCUUCGAAUCUGCACUUUCUCACUGCCACCCCACUGCCACAUUCGUCCAUGGCUAUGGUCAACGGCGCGUCGAACUCGAUGGCGCAGUUCCAGGCUUUACAACCGCAGAACUCUCAGCAGUACCGCGCACAUCAGCAGCAGGUGGCCAUUCUCAGCCAGCAGCUCGUUCUCGUCUCUGGGGUGAAUGGAGCCCCUACCGACUUGCCUUUUGCCGUGCUGUCGUCAAGCGCACCGCUGGCGACCGCCCCGCAGCCUGCUCACGGUCUCCCUCCACGUUAUCAACAGCAUGGGGUGUUCACAAUGGCGACUGGCGCGCUGGGUGCCUUCCCCAUGAAUCAGAACCAGCAGCUGCCCCAGCAUCAGAUCUACUGUGUUUCAACUCCCUAUUACAAUGCCAUGACCGCAAAUGGCGGCAAAGGUGAACUGCCCGCGUACCCUGGUGGCCACACAUUUGAUCCUGCUAGAUCCUUCAACGGCUACUUGCCAGCUCGCUUCAUGUGA